AUGUGUCGGGAGACCAAUUUUAAGUUGGAUAUUCCCAAGUUCUAUGGUGGAUUUUCUAGUGAUUCAUUAUUAGAUUGGCUCGUGGAUGUGGAAGAAAUUUUGGAGUUUCAAAGCCUUACAGAUGAUCAAUUGGUUUCGCUUGUGGUGAAGAAAUUUCGAGGACAAGCAGCAUCAUGGUGGCAACAAGUGAAGACAACACGUAAAAAGGCUGGAAAGAAGCCUAUUACAUCAUGGGAUAAACCUAAACAGAACCUAUGUUCAACCUUUUUACCUCGUAAUUAUGAUUACACAUCAUAUGGUUGUUUCCAAACUUUGAAACAUGUGGAUAUACCCACAUACGUAAACCAUGUCGCCGUAGAUAAUAUUUACGGUGAUAAAUUAUCUACCUCAGAAGCCCUCUCCUAUGAUGCAUAUCCAAUAUUCGAGGUCAAAGUGGCUGAAGACGAUGGUGUUGUGGAAUUUAUAGACAAGGAUAUCAUGGUCACAGCAAAAAGCAGCGACGAGCUAGUGAACACCAAUGCUACGACAGCCGUUGAAAAUACUUUCGUACAUCAACUCGGCGAACUGCCUUGUGUGAUUUUUGAUGACGAUUGUGAUGCGAAUGCUGAUCACAUCCAAGACAAAGAAACCGAUCUUACUUUUACAAACAUUACUAAUCUAGUUAACUGUAUCAAAACAACAUAUUUCGUCUCUUAUGUCUUUGAUCCGGUUGAUGAUGGUGGUGAGGAUGACUUCAACAACGCAAAUUUUAUCGGGAAUCAAGGGGUGAAUAACACGAAGCUUUCUCCAAUUAACCAUGACUUAGUGAUCACCAGUUUUAAUGGGAAGGCUGAAGCUUCAUACAUGGAUAAGGGGAACCACAUUUAUCCUAUUUCUCGUGCAAACCAUCAUUGGAAAAUCAAUGGCGAACCUCCAGAUUGUGGUCGUAGCUGGUUGUUGCUUUUUCACGAAGAGGUAGCUCUUUAUUACAAGAAUUAUGCUGAUCCCGUGUUUGAUAAUUAUAUAGAUAAAAAGAGUUGUUCUUGUGAUUCUGGCGGAGGAGAUAUGGAGAGAACUGAAUUUGCAGCUCUUGUUCAUUUUUGCCAUUGGAGAAUACCAAGAAAAGAUUUCCAUGUGCGCAGUUCAAAGAUGGAGUUUCUUAAUUGGGUAUUUGGUUACAAAACCCCUAUCAAUAUUUCUUUGUGCCGGCAACGUAACGUCCAUGGUGAAAACGCAUGUAUCAUAUGCCAUAUUUUCUUUUCUUUUCCUAUGGGAGCAGAAAAUAAAAACAAGAGGCAUAUUGCGGGUUGUUGUGUUGAAAAUAGCAUAAUGAUGAUGCUAGUAUCCCGUGAUAUCAUGAGAUUAGCUUCAGAGGCCACCACUUCCAUGUGUAGUCAUGCUUAUUCACUCACUACAAGAACAUGUGAAGGAAGUAAGGAAUUUCAGAUGUUAUUUGUCAUACAAGAUGAAGCGCAACAUGAGCGGAGUGGCGCAAUUAAUAUUAUGCAUCACUGUGAUUUAGAACUAGAGGCAUCACCUUCGAUCAGUCGUCACUAUGAAGAGAAGGUGGAAUGGCAUGAAAAUAUAAUUGUGACGAGAGGGAAUUACAAGAUCAAAGUCAACAGUGCUUUUCUCAUGCGUAUGUGGCUGUCUUCUAUGGGGGUGUCAUUGAGUCAGGGCAUAGUGGAGAUAAUGCACGUUCCACAUAAUUAUUGUUUCGCCUCUUGUGCUCCACGUAUAGUGCCUCAAUUUCACUCUUUAUUGACUCGUGUCUUUGUUGGAUGGGAGACUUCUACGAUACGACGUGGUGAUUUCCUUAUCAAACAUUUGGAGAUUUUAAUUGGAGUCAAGACAUGUCGUAGAGGGAAAGAUGGUAUUUUGUACUGUGGUGACAACAAAUUUGGUGAAUUGUUUGAGGAGUUUAGUAAUAACAAGAAAGGUCAUCAUAUGGUUGCAGUGGGUUCUUUCGUUGGUCACGUGUCGAAGUUCCAUAUCUUACACCACCGUGAACACCUCGCCCAAGUGGAGUCAACAUAUGUUCGCAUGGCUUUUAUGUGUCUUCACCAACAUAUUUCUCGCGUGAUGAUUAUCCUACCUAUAUUGUCUCUCUUGGAUUCUACAUCCAUGUUCACGUCAUUUAAUUGUUGGAGAAACGUUUCUUGUGGAGCAGGAAAUCUAUUGAUCUAUGGAAAGUUAAACCUAGCAUCGGCUUGUUUCUCUACAAAGGUUCGUUUCUUGGUGGGUAAGAAGACCACACAUGUACCAGUUAUUUUGCUGAUGUGGAAGUUACUUGACCUCAGCUUAAGUACCAAAUCCUCAUAUCAUGCUCCAACGAAGAUCCUAGUCCGAGAGUUCUUGAAAAUGACGUGUUGUUUGUUGCGUGACAAUCGUACACGAGGGGAUGCAAGGUGUUGGCAGUCGGGAGAACUCAUGAAUGUCUCUCGCUAUGUCUCUAUCCACAACCUCAUUUUUCGACAAUUUCACGGUGAUUUAGUAUGGUUUCCACGUUAUUGUCUUUGUUCUUAUACAUAUCACCAUGCGUCAUUAUUUUCACCAGACAAAGAGAAAAGAUUUAAGGAACAAGAGGAUUUGUUCGUCAACGGUAUUCCACGAAGCUUGGAAACUACGAUUGUUUUAACAGAGGUUCAAUAUGGUGGAAAUUUCCGAAAGCUACACUUUAAGCGGGGAAGAAACGUCACCAAGUUCUUCAGCGAAAAUAUUAUGAAUUGGUGGACAAAGGAUAUCUUCAAAGCUUUAAGAUUUGGGAUCGAAUCUUUCUAA